AUAAAGAUUAUUAGCUAGAGUAAGGUAAGCUUGAAUUAUUAGUGCUUAACUAUGAAAUGUCAAAAUUGGUUAUGUAGGUAGCAGUAGCACACACAAUUGGGCAUGUUGCAGCAACAGUGAGCAUGUCAAAAGUAGCAGUUUCAUUCACUCACAUCAUCAAGAGUGGAGAACCAGCUUUCAGUGUUCUAGUAUCAACAUUCUUACUUGGAGAAGCAUUUCUAGUGCCAGUUUACCAAUAAUUGGAGGUUGUGCACUUAGCUGCUGUAACUGAGCUCAACUUCAACAUGAUUGGAUUUAUGGGAGCUAUGAUAUCAAAUUUAGCAUUUGUAUUCAGAAAUAUAUUCUCAAAGAAAGGGAUGAAUGGAAUGAGUGUUAGUGGAAUGAACUAUUAUGCUUGUCUUUCAAUGAUGUCUCUAUUAAUUCUCACACCUUUUGCUAUUGCUGUAGAGGGUCCUCAAGUUUCGGCUGCUGGCUGGCAAACAGCUGUGUCUCAAAUUGGUCCUAAUUUUGUAUGUAAGAGGUUGCUGAAAAAGAUUGUUGUUGAUGCCCAAUCACUAAUCGAGACAAAGAGAACUGAUUUGGAUGCUAUUCGGGUCGACAUUUCUAAGCUGUUUUUUACUCCACAAGAAGAUGAUGCUCACAUUCUAGUCAAAACCUAUAUUGAUCAGAAGAACUUGAGUCUGGUUCUAGCUAGCAUCAUAAUUUUUUGUGAACUAGUUGCUCGUCGUCUUCGUUUAAUCGAAUCCCAGUGGGAAAUUCCCCCAGACCUGAAGGAAGCUAUAGCUACUAGCUAGUUUGUGCUUUGCUGG